AUGGCGCCCCCUUCCCCCGCGCCCCCGCGUCUCCCCGAAGCCCAACAAGCCGAGUUCGAGGCCCUCCUCCGCGCCGCCAUGGAAGCCCCCGCCGACGCCUCCACCGCCGCCUCCGAUGCCGCCGGCCAGCGCGCCCAGGACCCCUUUUUCCAAAACGCCAAGCCCGAGUUCGACGGCGACGUCAACCCCAAGACCGGCGAGGCGGGCGGGCCCAAGACGGAACCCCUCCGCUGGGGUUCCACCAGCGACUGGAGCUUCAACGGCAAGGUGACCGACUUCUAG